AUGUAUCCUCAAAGUCCUACUAUGGCAUAUUUGCAUGACGCUUUUUCCUCUGUUCCUCUAUCUUUCGAGUCCCUGGACUCAAUUCUACCUGUUGUAGGUCGACACGCAAGAGAUAUGAUCAGCGACAACAUUGAAGGACUUGACAUAUUGCAUAUGGAUGUGAUAGUUUGCACUGCCAAUGGCCUUAGUGAGGAAUAUCACGAACAUACUAUUGAUCACGAGAGCGUGUUUAUAUCAACCCUUGUGAAUUCCUUGGAAAAAGUCACAUUCAAUCAAGAUGCUUCUUCUAAUUUGGAUGAUACAUGUUCUAUUUGUUUGGAGAAGCUGGGCGAUGGAUCAAAUUCAAAUCUUGUCUGCACUAAAUGCUCGCAUGUUUUUCAUGAAGAUUGUAUUACCGAAUGGCUUCAGCAUUGUAUCGCUCAUCAAUCCUAUUCUUGUCCUUUGUGUCGUUGUCAAGUUACAUAUGUUGAUUAA